AUGAUGGUUCCUUUGAUCGCCAUAGGAGCGUGGCUAGUCAUUUCAUCCAUCAUUUUCACAUGGAGUUUCGGAUUAUCUAGAUCCAUUUCGGUGGCAUCUCAAACUUUCCAUAGCUUUGCUACUGCUUCAACUGGUUCGCUCCAUUCUCCUCCGUAUUCGGGAAAUAACAAUAACGCAGUGGGUUUUGACCCUGAAUACCCAUUUAACAACGUGGUCAAUACCUUUUUCCCGGUAGAUGCAUUGAUUGAGUAUAAUACUACAACCACAAUCGGAUCUAACCUAGACGAUGACCUUAACGAACACAACACCGUUCGGUUUGUGGGCAGAUAUGCUUCAUUUUCGAACAUUAUAGAAACCGAAGUUAUCUCAGAGUUUAAAAUAUUCCCCAACAAUGGUUGCUCUUCAGAUUUGAAUGAAACUAUCAAUGCUCCUGAUUUCUAUAACAAGAUAAUUAUUUUGCAAAGGGGCGAUUGCACCUUUGUUGACAAAGUCAAGAAUGUGGUUGACCUAAACUUAGAGCCAAAGGCAAUAAUAGUUGGUAAUGAUGAGUAUUCAGCAGGCUUAAUCACCAUGUACUCUGGUACUUAUAAUCUGGAUGGAUCAAUGAAAACCCCAAUACUCUUUAUCACUUUGGAAGACUAUGAAAGAUUAGAUCUGUUAGUUGAAGGUGUUAAAAUUUCAAUUUCUACCGCAUCUAUUGGGUCUUGGAUUAACCUCGUUUUAUCUAUGGCAUUGUCUCCACCACUAUUGAUCCUCUCAUUCUAUACCCUUAUAAAGUUAUGCCAAAGAUGCAGAACUAAACAGAAAUCGAGAAAUAACGUUAAACUCGUAAACAGCUUGCCCGUUUACAUAUAUAACAUUAAGCAUUUGAUCAUUAUCAGCAAAUUUAAAGAAUACCUCAAGCUCACAAAUCAACAGGAGCUGCAGUAUGAUCAUGAUUCGUCGUCGAACAUUUCUUCAGCAGCCCAGUCAUUAAUUGAAAACAUGCCGUCUCCUCACAAUGGAUCCACGCACUCCUUACCACACUCCCCGAUAAUCAUUAACGGAAUAGAUCUCAAGGCAACCACAUUGUUUCCUGAAUCCACCCUUUUGUUUUCGCCAGAUGAUUAUUAUCCUGCCUAUAAAUGUUCAAUUUGUCUUGAUCAUUUCAAGCCAUUAAGGUCAAAAGUGUUAGUACUUGAGUGCAAACAUUUCUUUCACCAAGCAUGUUUGUCGAAUUGGUUGAUUAAUUUUAGAAGAAAUUGCCCAUUGUGCAAUUCCGCAUUUAAGAGUCAUCAGGGCUUAUUAGAAGGUGGUGCUACUGGGUAUGGAAGUUUUGACUUGGAGUCUCAGCUUGAUGUUGAGGAUGACGACGAAAGAGAAGGCAUAUAUGAAAACGGAAGUCAUAGAGAGUCUGAUAGGGAAAGCAGUGUGGAAAGAGGUGUGGAAAGAGGUGUAGAAACAGGUGUGCAAAUUGAGGUUUUUGAUCAGCCCGUUAUGGUGGACCCACCAGCAGGCGUAGUUGAUCCCUCAUCCUCCACGGUCGUAUUAGAUGUUGAGUCGCCGAGCGAACCAACCACUACUAGAGAAUCGCUUACCACUCAUGAUACAGAUGACGCAUCAUUUUAUUCCGCGGUUUCAGAGGUUUCUGGUAGACCACAACCUCCUUCCAGAACAUCUUCGUCCACCAAAUAUAGACUUUAUAGCAAACCAUCUGAUAUUCUUAGUCAAUAUGGCGGAGGAGUAGAUAGUGUUAAAGAGUUGAGUUCAAGCAUUGAUGAAGAAUAUUUGUCUCCCAGUUCAAGUAGCCAGGAGAAGGCAAGUCAAAUAGCAGAGACGGAUAUUCAAGAAGGUGAUGGAAACGAUAACGAGACUGAUGUAGCUUCAUAUCAUAGUGACCUUACCCUUGAUGGGUACGGAUCCAAUGAUCAGUGA